AUGAGUCAACUGGUUAGGAUGGAUCAGAGUGGAAGCCAGGCACAAAGCUGCAAUAGCAGAACGGAACAAACCGCCGAAUAUCCGCUGAAAGGUCGGCCGGCAUUGUUGCUCGAUUCACGACUUGUUUGCAAGUAUGAAGUAUUAGCUGUGAUUGGCAAAGGAUCUUUCUCUCAAGUUCUUCGGGUUCAGCACCGACUUACGCAUAAAUUUUACGCAGUCAAGUUAGUUGCAUCCGAUUGCGGAACUGUAAAUAAUGAAUUAGCGAUAUUAAGUCGUCUACAGCAUCCUUUUGUAAUCAAACUGGAAGAAGUAUUUAAAUCUUCUUCACGGUUAUUUAUCGUGAUGGAAAUGGCAGGUGGUGGUGAGAUGUAUAAUCGUGUAGUAGCCAAAGGAAGGUAUUCAGAAUCUGAAGCUCGGCAAGCUCUUCGAAUGCUUCUGAAUGGUUUGGCUUACUUGCAUAGCAUCCGAGUAACUCAUCGCGAUCUAAAACCCGAAAACCUGCUUUAUAGUGAUCUGACACCUGAUGCUAGGCUUUUAAUCACUGAUUUUGGUCUCGCUUAUCAGGCCCAAACACCAGAAGAAAAAAUGACCGAAACUUGUGGCACUCCUGAGUAUAUUGCACCCGAGGUGCUUUUACGUUCACCAUACAACGAAAAAGUUGACAUGUGGGCAGUUGGUGUGAUAGCAUACAUCUUAAUGUCGGGAAUAAUGCCAUUUGAUGAGGAUUGCCGAUCUCGAUUAUAUACUCAGAUUAUCACAGCUAAUUAUGUUUAUUAUCCUCAGUUUUGGUCUGGCUCAGAAUUAGCAAAGGAUUUUGUAGAUUCCUUAUUAGAAACUGAUCCAGAAACACGUCUGAGUGCAACAGAUGCCGUGAAACACGAAUGGUUUGUGGGACGAAGAAAUCAACAAAUAAAAGUUACAAUUAAAGCACGACCUGCUUCUGAUUUUACAGCCGUUCCACGAACGCGCUCUUCACGCUCCAUCAGAAGCGUCACACGUUCAGACCACGGCCAUCGUGUAGAUCCACGUGAAAUUGAUCAACUUGCUGGUGACUUGCAACGUUUAGUGAAGUUUCAACAACAUUCAACUAAGCAUUACGGCUUUGUGUAG